AUGGAUAAGCAAAGGAAGUUAUUACCCUCCCGUAAGCAAUGCUUCCUGGGCCUCAACAUUCCGGAGGCCACAACACCAGUGGCACAAGAGCGCCUCAAGCAUGAUGUAGCAAAGCUACGCGAAAUGUUCACCAAAUUAUUCUCCCCGGGGGAGCAAGAUCUGACCAUCAAUCUGAAGGUAAAAGCCGUCUUUUGUCUGGGAAAGAUGAAAGAAAACGGAAACCGACGCCCGCUGAAAAUAGUCUUGGGGUCAGAGGACGAGGUAAAAUUGAUUCUCCAGAGAGUCUAUAGACGGAAAGAAGAGAUGUUACGUCUACACCUGGAACCGGAAGACAGAGAAAGUCUGAAGGCAGCUCUAACAGUGAUCAUGUCAUGCUGGAAAUCUGCUGGAAUAGAGGCGGCAAGUUGGUAUCGAGGCCACAUGGCAGACCGAACAUCUGGCGGAUGUCAUUCGAGGAGGCAAGAGUCGCAGCGUCAAACCUGUCGUGGUACCCUCAAGGUUGAUAGCGCCUGGGAGACCACAAAGGAUGGUUUUGUUCAUCUUUGUCAAACCCAGGCACCACCGUUUCGGCAACGGACGCAUGCCAGAGGUCCACCUUGGUUUAAUGCCAACUCCUCAGACGGAGGAACCGAGCUUGGAAAUGAUAUCGACAGGGGAGGGUUAUGA